GUGGUGGAUCUGCUGGUGGCCAUGUGUAGAGCCGCUCUCGAGUCGCCCCGCAAGAGCAUCAUCUUUGAGCCGUACCCGUCUGUGGUGGAUCCCAAUGAUCCCAAAACACUCGCCUUCAACCCCAAGAAGAAGAAUUAUGAACGUCUGCAGAAAGCGCUAGACAGUGUGAUGUCUAUUCGGGAAAUGACACAGGGCUCGUAUCUGGAGAUUAAGAAGCAGAUGGAUAAACUGGAUCCUCUGGCUCAUCCGUUAUUGCAGUGGAUUAUCUCCAGUAACCGGUCUCAUAUAGUCAAGCUGCCUCUCAGUAGGCAGCUGAAGUUCAUGCACACGUCUCAUCAGUUUUUGCUGUUGAGCAGCCCGCCGGCAAAAGAAGCUCGAUUUCGCACUGCUAAGAAACUCUACGGCAGCACUUUUGCCUUCCAUGGUUCCCAUAUCGAGAACUGGCACUCGGUUCUGAGGAACGGAUUGGUCAACGCCUCCUAUACUAAACUGCAGCUGCAUGGAGCAGCGUAUGGGAAGGGCAUUUAUCUGAGCCCCAUUUCCAGCAUCUCCUUCGGAUACUCAGGAAUGGGGAAGGGUCAGCAUCGCAUGCCCACUAAAGAUGAACUGGUACAGCGGUAUAACCGAAUGAACACCAUGCCACAGAGUCGCCCGAUUCAGUCGCGUUUCCUCCAGAGCAGAAAUUUAAACUGCAUCGCUCUCUGUGAAGUGAUCACAUCCAAAGACCUGCAGAAACAUGGGAACAUCUGGGUGUGUCCGGUGUCUGACCAUGUCUGCACGCGCUUCUUCUUCGUGUAUGAAGACGGUCAGGUGGGAGAUGCUAAUAUUAACACACAGGAGCCCAAAAUCCAGAAGGAGAUCAUGCGUGUGAUCGGCACUCAGAUCUACUCCAGCUGAAGCUUUUCUAGACACUGACCGAUGGAGGAGUCCGAACACUUUCCUAUGGGACACGGUGUGCUAUUGGGAAGAAAACGACAAGAACUGUGCUUUUUAUAUGGAAUAAGCCCCGCCCAUAGCCCCUCCCAUAAAGCAGAUGUCAGUCAAAAGCAGACCAGCGCCUGAUUGGAGGAGACGGUCAGCCGAUGAACUCGCUCAAACUUGAACUCGUCUUUCCUUUGAUGCUUAUUUUUCAGUUCAGCUCACUCGAGAUAUCUGUGAACGUGAAAACAAGCCGUGUUUAUUAUGGUUUCUCUGUCUCCGGGUAGUAAAUGAUGUGCGUUCUUAUUGUGUUUGUACACCACGUUAUCUUUUCUCUCCUACGCUGCUGUUUUUCUGACUGAUGACAUGAAUUAUUAAUAACCCAGACGUGUUUAUCUCUGA